AUGAUCUUCGCUAUUGAUGAAAUAAACAAGAGUGGCCUGCUUCCUAAUAUUUCUAUUGGAUAUAAGAUAUUUGAUAGCUGUGGCUCAACGUUAGCCUCAAUGAGAUCGGCAGUGGGUUUAAUAAAUGGUCAGGAGCUUACAGCUGAAGAAACAUGCUCUGGGCAUUCAGCAGUGCAGGCCAUCAUUGGGGAAUCAGAGUCUUCCUCAACCAUAGUAAUGUCAAGAGCAACAGGGCCAUUCAUGAUUCCAGUGAUCAGUCAUUUUGCUACCUGUGCUUGCCUGAGCAACAGAAAAGAAUAUCCCUCCUUCUUCAGAACAAUUCCCAGUGAUUACUACCAGAGCAGAGCUCUGGCUCAGCUAGUGAAGUAUUUUGGAUGGACCUGGGUAGGAGCAGUAAGAAGCGACAAUGACUAUGGCAACAAUGGCAUGGCCACAUUUGUGGAGGCAGCUGGAAAAGAGGGAGUAUGCAUUGAGUAUAAUGAAGCAAUUCUAAGGACAAAUUCAAAGGAAAGCAUUGCUAAAGUUGUCGAAAUAAUAAAAAAAGGCACAUCCAAGGUGUUGGUAGCAUUUCUGGCUCAAAAUGAAAUGGACGUUUUGUUAGAAGAGGCCUUUGCUCAAAAUGUGACAGGGCUUCAAUGGGUAGGCAGUGAGUCCUGGAUAACUGCCAGAUACUUAGCAACUGAAAGGACAUCAAAAGUUAUCAGCAGUGCAUUAGGAUUUACCAUUAAUAAAUCUAAAAUUCCAGGGCUAAAGGACUUUCUUCUAAAAGUCCAUCCAUCCCAGAUUCCCUCAAAUUCCCUUUUGAUAGAAUUCUGGGAAAUGACAUUUGGAUGUCAGUUUUCACCACAAACAGAGAAUGCGAAACUUUGCAGUGGAUUUGAAGAUCUCAAAGAAAUAAAUAAUACAUUCACUGAUGUUUCAGAGCUAAGGAUUUCAAACAAUGUAUAUAAGGCAGUAUAUGCAAUAGCUCACGCCCUACAUAACACUUUGGCUUGCAAUGCUGAUGGUCCCUUUGAAAAUGUAAACUGCAUCAAAAAGGAUAUGUUCCUACCGGGUCAGGUAAAAAAAAAGAAAAUGAUAAGCAAACUUACAAUAGUACUGAGAGGAUUACAAGAAAAUACACAUGCAUGUAAAAAUAGCACAUGAUUUCCCCAUGCAGGUACUAGAAUCCUUACAGAGUGUGAACUUUACAAUGCCAUCAGGUGAACGUGUG